AAACGUCUCUGGUGUUAAACAUGUCACCAGUAACUUGUACUAACCCACUACUUGUUAAAGUAGCCUAACUCAGACACUGUAGCUGUGGCGUGUUCUGCCAACAGUGUUGAACUUUGUGUGAGACAUUUCCUCUGCAGCCGAGACGUGUAGGACCAACGUUAGUCGUCUUCAGGGCAGUUUAACCACCUUAAUGCGACAUUACUCCGUCGUUAACCUCCAGAGCAUGAAGGCGCUAACGUUUGGGAUAACUCUUGUCCGACAUGGGGAAACACAGUACAAUAAAGAAGGCCUGCUGCAAGGCCAGGCUAUAGAUUCACCCUUGUCUGACAUCGGGCUGCAGCAGGCUGAGGCUGCAGGCCGUUACCUGAAAGAUGUCAAAUUCAGCAACGUGUUUGUCAGUGACAUGCUGCGGGCCAAACAGACUGCUGAAGCAAUAAUGAAACACAACAGUAGUUGUUCUGGUCUACAGAUGGCGUGUGACCCUUUACUUAAAGAGAAAAGCUUUGGGAUAGCAGAGGGGCAACGGGUGCAGGAAGUGAAAGAGAUGGCCAAGGCAGCCGGUCAGUCGUUUCCAAUCUUCACUCCUCCAAACGGGGAGACGCAGGAGCAGGUGACGGAGCGGGUCAAAGAGUUUCUGGAGAAAAUGCUUCAGCAAAUUGGGGCUGAACACUGGCGUGACAGAGGGGAGGAUGGAAUCUCAGAAACAUCUCCUGUGGAGGGAAAGGCAGACGAUGGGGUCAGGGGUGUCCCGGUCCACGCUUUGGUUGUCAGCCACGGGGCCUACAUGUGUGUGGCGGUGCGCUUCCUUGUGGAGGAGUUACACUGCUCCUUGCCUCCGGGUUCUGACAAAGCACACUUGUUCUCUUUAAGUCCUAACACAGGUCUGUGUCGGUUUAUACUAAACAUGCGGAAAGAGGACGACAGGUUCAAAUUGUCCGGGAUCCGUUGUGUGUUCGCUCACAGAGGGGACCAUGUUAAACAGUAGGAGAAACAUACAAUGUUAAAAAGCUCCACACACUCAACACUGACAGUUUACAAUUGUAAAAGAUUUUAUUUAUAGGUUCUGUAUUUAUUUUUCAUUUGGUGCUCAGUCACUUCACGGCACAGUUUGAUCACAUAUUGAAAUGGAUGGAUCAAAUCCUCGUUGUUCAAUAUAAGCAUGUUUUCACAAUGGAACUGUGAAACAAAAAAAUGUUAGGUCAAGUGUUUCGGUGCUAUUUAUUAUUAUAUAGUUGAGUGGCUCUUAGCCUUGUCUUGUAUCAAGGAUCCCUGAAUGAAUAAAACAGUUGGUUAUGGACCCUCACUUGAAAAGAUAUAACUUAGGGGACCUCCAUCUGAAAAGACUUUGCUCAUUAGAUCCUAUGAUCAGAAUAGUCACUCUUGUGACUCUAACUCACAUUGGGCUUGCUUCUAUAGUGAAUUAAAUAGUGAUGAUAAACUAUUCCCCAUUUUUCUUGGGAGCCCCUAAAAUUCUUAAAUUAAUUGAAUUUGAAUUGAAUCUGGUUUAAAUUCAGCAAGAUAAAUAAUUAAAUACAUCUGCAUUAUUUUUUUACAGUGGACUCCAACAAAAUCUGUUUUACAUUCAAGCUCUGCAUGCUGGUUCAUAAGUUGAGCAAUGUCAUUUAACCUCAGGUAGAUGGUUUGUGUUGCAGGGCAGUGUCAUCAUCACUUUGUUACUGUCUGGCUGUUCAUUACUGUAAAUGCAGGCAGCUUUUUGCUCUA